UUAAUUUGCCCACUUUUUUCGGCUUGCUGGAUCGAUUUUUCGGUUUUUACGUCAAAAACGCAGUAGGAAUGUUUUUUUUUUCCCUAUUUUUUGGUCAACGAAUCCGGCCCGGAUCAACACUGAAUUCUGUCCCAGAGGUUCGGUAAACUGCCUCUGCUUGUAAACAACUUUACGUCUGAACUUGGCAUCGCCCAAAUGUUUACAUACACGACUAUUUACGAUGUAAAAAUCUCGGCUAUUUGAUCAAAUCGAAUCCCGGGCUCCGUGUCGAAAGACAAUUUUCCACCUUUUACACAUUUCGAAAGCGAUCGCGGAUUAGAUAUGUACGAAAUCAGAAGGUUUUCCGACACCGACGAUACCAAGACUAGUCAACAAAUUAAAGACGGGAUAUCGGCGUUUCUAUAGAAUUAAUUAAUGUCUAUAUGUCUCCGAUUAGUCACCAUAUAUGCACUGCUUGUACUGGAAUAGUGCGCCAAGGAGAUGACCGUCUUGAUAACGUUAAUACUGUUUAACGUUUUUUACGUAUCUAUCUUACAAGUGAAAUGCGAUGAGGAAGUUAAAAAGGAUACACCCUAUUCAAACAAGCCUGCAAAUCUAACUAUAGGCAAAGUGACAAAUACAACAAUUGAUUUGAGUUGGAGUAAGCCUGAGCAACCGUCGGGUGAUAUUUUAAGCUAUCAUCUGUAUUACUUAUAUGGUACAAAUUAUUCAGCAGUGCAAUCAGUCAACAGUUCCCUGUCCAGAGUUCAUUACACUCUCAAGAACUUAAAACCUUUUACAACUUAUACAAUUUGGGUGGAAAGUGUUGUUACCGGUGAUGGGGACAGUGAUGCCGAGAAGUCAGACGUUGCAACACAGAGCACCGAUGUCAGCGGACCUGGGCCGCCAAGAAUUACAAAUGCGACGUGCAUCACUCCCAAUUCUUUAUAUGUCCAAUGGCAAAGGCCAAUAGAAUUUUUCAAUAAAAUUGAUGCAUAUUACGUAACGUACAGAAUUGACAACUCGCCCGAUUCUGAAGAAAUCAUAAUCGAUACAACUUUGAAUGAAGACAUUGAUACUAGCCAAAUUGUCUCAAAUUUGACUGACAAGACUUGGUAUGAAGUCAAGGUCAGGGGCGCAUCUAGGAGUGUAUUAAAUCUUAAUCAUUACAUGCAAGGCGUAUCCUCGAUUCCGAGAAAGGUUUUCAUUCAAUAUGAUUGUGACAUUUCUAAUGAAUCUGUUGAAGAAACUAAUAAAGUUGUUAAUGUCAUUUUGAUAACUGGCUUGGUUUGCGCCUCAUUUGCACUUUGUCUCAUAGUGUGUGUUAUAACUGUUUGGAGGCAUUGGUUUCAUGCAGCAUAUUACUAUUUGGAAGAAAGUAGGCAAGUUGUUACAGCACCUGCUUUUGAUUGGGCUGCUAGAAAUGAACAAAAUCCACCCAUUCCUGUUGAUAUGUUUGCAAAGCAUGUUGCAUCACUUCAUGCUGAUGGAGAUAUUGGGUUUAGCAAAGAAUACGACUCGAUACAAUUUGUCUAUUUGCAAGACCAGUUUUCGUCUGAAGUUUCGACACACCCUGAAAAUAAGAUGAAGAAUCGGUAUCUGAAUAUUCUUGCAUAUGAUCAUAGUCGGGUUCGUCUGAUGGGCGGGCCUGGCCAAAAUCGCUGUGUAGAUUAUAUUAACGCUAAUUACAUAGAUGGAUUUGAGAAAACGAAUGCCUAUAUUGGGACCCAAGGUCCUCUCCCAAAUACAUUUGAUUGUUUUUGGAGAAUGGUUUGGGAGCAAGGUGUUACUGUAAUUGUGAUGAUAACAAAUCUAGUCGAAAGAGGGAGAAGGAAAUGUGAUUUAUAUUGGCCUAAAGAAGGAACAGAAACUUAUGGUCAUAUACAAGUUAGAUUAGUGAAAGAAGAUGUCCUUGCAAUGUAUACAGUUCGAACAAUGAAAAUUGUACAUUUGAAGGCUAAAAGAAAAAAGUAUACCAUGGGAGAAAGACAGGUGCAGCAAUUCCAUUAUACUAACUGGCAUGAUCAUGGGACCCCAGAUCACCCGUUACCAAUUCUUAGUUUUGUAAACAAAUCGUCAUCUGCAAAUAACCCCAACUCAGGGCCUAUUGUUGUUCACUGCAGUGCGGGUGUUGGACGUACUGGUACAUAUAUAGUUUUAGAUGCUAUGCUCAAACAAAUAAGAGCUCGUGAAGAAGUCAAUAUUUAUGGCUACCUUAAAUACAUCAGGAAUCAGAGGAAUUAUCUAGUCCAGACUGAAGAACAAUAUAUAUUUAUUCAUGAUGCCAUCUUAGAAGCCAUAACCUUUGCUGAAAAUGCAUUGAGCACCGAAUGUUUACACUAUAUCCUGCAACCAAAUCCUGAAACUGAUUCUGAACAUUGGAAACAGUUUCAGGCUAAUUAUAAGAUGGUCACUUCGUUUGAAGCGAAAGAAUAUAAUCAUAUAUCAGCUAACAAGCCAUGCAACCUUAUAAAAAAUAGGUCUACUGAAUUUAUUCCCCUUGAAAACUCAAGAGUUCAUCUUACCCCAAAGCCUGGAAUCGAAGGGAGUGAUUAUAUCAACGCAUCAUGGUUUUUAGGAUUCAAGAAAUUGAAAGAAUUUGUUAUAACCCAACACCCAUUAGAUCAUACAGUCAUCGACUUCUGGCAAAUGAUUUGGGACCAUAAUGCUCAAACAAUAGUUUUACUGUCAGCAAUUGAUGGUACUGAAGGUUUCAAUCCUUUCUGGCCUAUUGAAAAAGAACACACUAUGGAUAGUGAUAACUUCAAAUUAAAAAUAAUCGAGGAGAGUGAACUCGAUGGAACAGUUUCUCGGGAUUUCACUAUCCAGUCUUUACACGAUGACUACGAAUUGACCGUUAGAAUAAUUCAACCAUCACAUACUAUUACUGAAAUAAGCGAUAUUAUUCAUCUGAUAAAUAUUGUUCAACAACAUCAUUUAGAAUAUCAAAAUGGGCCUAUUGUGGUUGUAGAUGAGUUGGGGGGUACAGUUGCUGCCACAUUCUGCUGUCUUACAACCCUGAUGAAACAGUUAGAUUACGAUUCUCAUGCAGAUGUUUCUAUCUAUGCUAAGCUAUAUCAUAAUAGAAUUCCUGGAAUCUGGAAAACUAUAGAUGACUAUCUUAUGCUCUACCGAGGUUUGAGUGAAAUAACUGUGAGCAAAGGUGUAUCUUUGAUCGCUAGUCCGGAUCCUUACAUUCACAACCAUUAUAGUAGCUACACAAACGGUACUGCCCUUUCAUAACAAUUAAUGGUAAUGCCAAAAUAAAAUUAUCUCCAAUCAAACAGGGUGAAUUUCUUUUGUCAAAUUUAAUGGAUAAAAACAAAAAAUAAAACAGGAUUGUCAAUGAUGGUUGAAAUCUGAUCUAGAAAUAGCAUUUCUAUACAGUGAUGUUAAAAUCAAGUUUUACAAGUGCCAAAUUAUUUUUUACUAUAUUAUUAUCACAUUUUAAUUUUUUUUAUUAUUCAUCACAACAAUCAUAGCACUAUUAUCAAUAAAAAGUGAAGCUAGGCCAGUGUGUAUUGAAUUUACACAAUGAUGCAUCGAAAAAAUUGUGUAUGAACCUGUUUUUUAGGAUAUUUUAAUUGUAAGUGC